UAUAUAGCUGAACAUAGAAGUUUAUGCAACAAGAUUUUACUUGAUUUAGGUGGGUUUAAGAAAUGAGGAGGGGAAAGGUAGAGCUGAAAAGAAUAGAGAACCCAACAAACAGGCAAGUGUCCUUCUCAAAGAGAAGAAAUGGGCUUCUAAAGAAGGCUUUUGAGCUGUCCAUCCUCUGCGAUGCAGAAGUUGCCCUGCUUAUCUUCUCUUCCUCUGGAAAGGUUUACCAGUUUGCCAGUCAUGGCAUGGACAAGAGUAUUGCAAAGUACAAAAGGGAAGUAGGGCUGCCUGAUUCAAAUAAUCCUCAAUUUAGAACCAUGGAGUUUUGGAGAAGUGAGAUUGAAGAGUUAAAAAGAUCCAUCAACACCUUGGAUGCAAGACUUAAGCACUUAUCUGGAGAAGACAUAUUAGCAUUAGGCAUGAGGGACUUGAAGCAGCUGGAGCGACAGUUGAAGAUUGGCGUUGAACGCAUCCGCUCAAGAAAGAGCCGCAUUGUUUCGGACCAGGCCACCCUGCUGAAGAGAAGGCAUAAACAAUUGAAAGAGGAAAACACUCAGCUCCAGAAAAGAGUUAAGUUGGACGAGGCACAAGAGAGUAACAUCAGCUCAAGAAUUGUGGGUGAAAAUGCUUGCAGCAUGUUUCAGCAAAGGGUUCUUCAAGAUGAAGAUCUCGUUAACGAAGCCGAAUGACUAGAUAUGUAUCAGUUACUUCAGCUGCACGCCUUAAUAGACUAUUGCAUGUAUAGUACUAUUUGACAGUGACAAAUUGUUUGCCCUGGCUUUAUGUUUAAAAAAUUAAUUUGCUUUGGAUGGUUUUACUUAUACCACAGGAGCCAUAAAGUGUAAAAAACAAUAUUUGUGGAGAAUCCCCGUCUGUAUGACAAGAUGUACAGGAAUUAUAACAUCGUACUGCCAUCGUUAAAUAGCUCUAUAGCUUGGGUCUUGGUAUGAUGCUCUUUCCAGGUUGAUUCAUGAACAUCUU